AAAUUUAUGAUACCAUAGUGAUCAGUCAUAUAUAUUAUGUAUGUACAUAAUAUAUUUUAAAAAAGUGUUAAAAGGAUAAUUAUAUUAUUAUUAUUACUGUCUAUAAUUUUAUUUAUUUGGAUAUAAAAUUUUGAUCGUGAUAGGAGUAGGAAAAGAAAAUAAAAUAAAUUUGUUAUAAGUGAAUAAAGAUUAGAACGAAAAAUAGUCAAACGAAACAAUCAAAUGAGAAUCCAAAUAUGUAAUAUUAGAUAUUUAUACUUUAUGUUCCAUGUAUGGUAAUUAAAUGUGCUUAUCGAUAGUAUAAGUAUAGAAUUAGAACAAAAUAAUGAAUAGCAUACAAUUGGAUAGUUCCUCCGAGGAUGAGAAUGACAUAUAUGUCAAUUCUGUAGCACGUUUAAAAGCUUUACAGAACAAAGUUUGUAUGAAUCAUAAUACUGAAUUACAAAAAAACAAGAAGCAAAAUAAAAAGAAAGAGAGAAGAAAGCAGAGGAAUGUAGAAGAUUGUUAUUUUACUCAUGAUAUAACUGAAGAUUCAGAAAUUGUUUCUGUACAAGAAGAUUUAGAAAUUAUAUCUGUGCAAGAAGAAAAUGAUAUAUAUACAAGAGUUUGUACAAAUAUAAGAACAGUAACAGAUGAUUCAAUAAUUUUGGAUUGUAAUAGCGAUGAAGAUAUAGAAAAGGAUGAAAAUUUUGAUGUAAAUGUAAAGAUCUUAUGGCAAUCUAAAACUAUUCACCGUUUAAAUAUACAUAACCAUGAUAAUUUUAGGAAAGUUUUCCAAUAUUUUGCAAAUAUGGAAAACGUUUCUAUAGAGCAAAUUUUAAUAAUGAAAAAAGAAAAACGUAUAAACUUAACAGAUACUCCUUCCUCUAUAGGUCUUUCAAUCAUAGAUAUUCUUGGAGGGAUAGUAGAUGCAAAUGUGAUUCCUCAAAAUGAAUAUCAAAAUCAACAGAAUAGCAUAGAAGAAGACAUAUGUCAGAUCAAAGUACAAACUGCAAACAAGGAGUCAUUAAUUAUUCCACUUAAGAAAAAUCAACAAUUUAAACUACUAAUUGGUAUUUGUGCCCGUCAAUGGGGCGUUAAUAAAUCUAAUAUUAAAUUGUACUUUGAUGGAGAACCCAUUAAUGUCAAUGACACACCAGAAAGUUUAGAUUUUGAGCAAGAAGCAUGUAUUGAUCUUUGCAUUUCCACAAAAUAAUAUAUGAUUAUGUUAUUAUUAUUGAAAAAAAAGAACAGAAGAAACAAAGAAAAAUGGCAAAAUACAAGCUUAGAAAUAAAAUUGAAGAAAUA